GGCGGGCGCCGGACCCCCAGGCGGAGCGACAGGUCUCGGGCCCUCAGGCGGAGCGGCGGGCGCCGGACCCCCAGGCGGAGCGACAGGUCUCGGGCCCUCAGGCGGAGCGGCGGGCGCCGGACCCCCAGGCGGAGCGACAGGUCUCGGGCCCUCAGGCGGAGCGGCGGGCGCCGGACCCCCAGGCGGAGCGACAGGUCUCGGGCCCUCAGGCGGAGCGACAGGUCUCAGGCCCCCAGGCGGGGCGGGCGGGCGCCGGACCCCCAGGCGGGAGCGGCGGGCGCCGGACCCCCAGGCGGAGCGACAGGUCUCGGGCCCCCAGGCGGAGCGGCGGGCACCGAGUCACCAGGCACGACAGUGGGCUCCGAGUCAACUGGCAUGACCGCUGGCACUGGGUCAGACAUUGGAUCGUCUGGCUGGACAGCGGGCAUCGGGUCACCAGGCAUCAGGUCAUUUGGCUCGACAGCGGGCACCGCGUCAUCUGGCAAGGCAGUGGGCUCCGAGUCAACUGGCAUGACCGCGGGCACCGGGUCAUCAGACAUUGGAUCGUCUGGCUGGACAGCGGGCAUCGGGGCACCAGGCAUCAGGUCAUUUGGCUCGACAGCGGGCACCGCGUCAUCUGGCAAGGCAGUGGGCUCCGAGUCAACUGGUAUGACCGCGGGCACUGGGUCAGACAUUGGAUCGUCUGACUGGACAGCGGGGUCAUCGGGUCACCAGGCAUCAGGUCAUUUGGCUCGACAGCGGGCACCGCGUCAUCUGGCAAGGCAGUGGGCUCCGAGUCAACAGGCACGACAGUGGGCACCGGGUCAUCAGGUACCAGAUUGUCUGGCUCGACAGCGGGCAUCGGGUCACCAGGCAUCAGGUCAUUUGGCUUGCCAGCGGGCACCGCGUCAUCUGGCAAGGCAGUGGGCACCGGGUCACCAGGCAUUGGAUUGUCUGGCUCGACAGCGGGGCAUCAACAACAGGCCUAAUAGGAUCGUCAGGGCUGGAUCAGUUCAUCAUGCUGGGUAGAGGCAUCAGGCUGAAUGCCGGCAUCCGGCUGAGUAGAGGCUUCAG